GCGCAGUGUGUAUCUGGGGGACGGGCGUAUGAGCUGUUGGUAGCUUGACCAGUUAUUCCUCUUCAAAGAGUUCCGAAAAUACUGGCAGCCCUGCAGAUUUCGCUCCCCGCUCGCUUCAGAUUUCCAGCAUCUGUGGUCUUUUGCUUUUAUUAACUAAAUGAUAACUGAUUCAGAAGAGAUUGCUGGGAUCUACCAAGAAAUCAGCAAAUUCCCAACUCCACUGAAAGGCUGCAUUGGUCCACAGGUUACUUUGAAGCACGGGGGAAAGUACUGCAACAUCUACUCAGAAUGGUCCCAGAGAGAUCUAGAACGAGCUGAGUGGAUGAAGUUGUGUCGGAAGUAUUUUGUUUUCUACAAUGAAAAUUCCAUUGUGCAUGCUGGUCCUUCAGGAAGUUGUAUGGAAUUACGGGGCGAAUUGCUGAAUAGAGAUUCACCCUCUGGCACUUGGAAAGCUGUUCUCAGGGGGCAUACCAACAAUAAGGGGGAAGAACAGCAAUUUCUGGAGAUAUGGAGCAAAACCUCAAAGGACAGCAGCAUAAACCUGACAGUACUUGACAAGCAUGGCAAGGUAUAUGAAGAUGAUCAAUUUGGCUGUCUUGCGUGGUCUCACUCUGAAACUCACAUUCUGUACGUGGCUGAAAAGAAAAGACCCAAAGUGCAAUCCUUCUUCAAAACUAAACCAGAGCUCGGUAUUGAACAAAAGGAUGACAGCAGCAUUGACACAGAGAAUUACCAGAAACCUGCAAAACAGGCAGAUCAAUUUCUGUACUUGGAGGACUGGGGUGAAGCCCUGGUGAACCAGAGCACCCCAGUACUGUGGAUAUUGGAUAUUGAGACUGACAACAUUUCUGAGCUUCAGGGGAUUCCUGAACACAUUUCUCCUGGGCAGGCGAUCUGGGCCCCUAAGGACAGUGGCAUCAUAUUUGUUGGCUGGUGGCACAUUCCUUGGCGAUUGGGUCUCAAAUACUGCACCAACCGGAAAUCAGCACUAUACUAUGUGGACUUAAAGGAGAGCGAAUGUUCGCAGAUUUCCUCAGGAGUACAUUCUGUCCGUUCCCCACGCCUUAGUCCUGACCAGCGUUAUUUAAUUUACCUGGAGGGUGGUGAUGUUAGGACCCACCAUCAGUGUCACAGUUUAUCCUUGUAUAAUUUGGACAAAAAAAUAAUAUCGACUGUGGUGAACGUUGUGGAUUGUCCAACUGUGGAUGGAUUUACUGGCAUUUACUGCUCAGACCUGGCGCAGAACUGCUGGGCAAGAGAUAGCCAAAGGGUUGUGAUCGACACAGCCCAGAGAAGCAGAAAGGAUCUGAUUGUAAUAAACACUCCAACAGGAAUUGUGACAUCAGUCACUACUGGUUCAGAAGUUGGGAGCUGGAGACUGCUGGACAUUCACCAGGAUCUGAUGGUGGUUAGCUGUUCAUCCCCUAACUGUCCGCCCACUUUGAAGAUAGGUUUCCUGCCAGCUGCGGGCCAAGAGGAAAGGAUCACUUGGGUGACACUGGAUGAAACUGAGCCAUUGCCAAGAAUAGAGUGGAAAAUCCUGGCUUUUACACCUCCACCUGAACAGAGAAAUCCUAAUUUCCCUGUCCUCCAAUUUGAAAGUAUCCUACUCACACCUGAAAAGAAUGAGAAUAUCAAACCACCACUUGUUGUAAUUCCACAUGGAGGACCUAAUUCGAUCUUUGUUGCCGGUUGGAUGCUGCUGCCUGUUGCUUUUUGUAGGCUGGGAUAUGCAGUGCUGCUUGUGAACUACAGAGGGUCCAGUGGCUUUGGACAAGACAGUAUUCGCUCACUGAUUGGUAACAUAGGAAGCCAAGAUGUGAAAGAUGUACAGUAUGCUGCUGAAAGUCUGUUAAAAGAAGGGGUUGUGGAUUCUCAGAAGGUGUUGCUGAUUGGUGGUUCUCACGGAGGCUUUAUUGGCUGCCAUCUGAUUAGCCAAUAUCCUGAUUUCUACAAAGCCUUUGCCACAAGGAAUCCUGUCAUUAAUCUGGCUUCCAAGCUGGGGACAACAGACAUUCCUGACCAUACCAUGGUGCAGGCUGGCUUUGAUUUUGCCCCAGACCAAUUGCUAAGUCCAUCUCUACUGACCGCUCUGCUGAGCAAAUCACCUAUCACAAAAGUGUCUCAGGUAAGAACUCCAGUUCUGAUAAUGUUGGGUGAAAAAGACAAACGGGUUCACCCAUCACAAGGCCUUGAGCUGUAUCGUGCACUGAAAGCCAGAGAUGUUCCUGUGCGGUUAUUGUGGUAUCCUGACGACAACCACUCACUCUCUAAAGUUGGCACAGAAGUUGAUGUUUUCAUGAAUAUUGCUUUGUGGUUUAACUUUGCACUGGCCAUUAUUAAAGCAGCUUGAGACAGUCUAACAUGUGAAAAACAAUCCAACUUGACACUUGUAUGUGUGACACGGCUUAUUUUAAUCUAGAAUGUCUGGAGUGGAUUGCCUUUUAGCUCUUUGGCAAGGCUGCAUAUCUCCUUGCCUUUAUAUGAAAUUCAUUUAAGUAUUAAAUUGGGUCAGUGGCAUCACCCUUUCCUCUGAAAUGAUUAUGGAUUCACACCCUAUUCAAGAAUGUGAAGAUAAUCUGAGCUGACAAUUCAGUGCAAUAAUGAGUGGAGUUUUGUUAGAGGUGGCCUAUUUUGCAUGAGAUAGUAAAUCGAUUAAAAUAAAUUACGUUACCCAUUGAGGUACAUAGAAAUUGACCCAUACAAUUAUUUUCAAAUAAGGAAGAAAUUCUACUAACCAAAGCUUAUACCUCAGCCACAACUAGCAAAAAAAGUUACCUGAUUAUUUGUUAUUUGAGGGACCUGAUUAUGCAUGUAUUGACUAUCAUGUUUUCCUACUAAUUAUUGGCUGACAUUGUAGUAACUUGUUGGCUGUGAAACACCACAGAACGUCUUUAGGUUGUGAAAAUUGGUACAUUAAAACAUUCUCUCUUACCUUUCUAAACUUGCAAAUUUCAAAUAAUGGCUUUUCUGACUGUAGUUAGCCCAUACUUCAUAGAUUAGAAUCAUGGAACUUCUGCAGAGCAGACAGAGACCAUUCAGCUCAUUAAGUCUGAAGAGCAUCCAACCCAGACCUAAUCCCCACCCCACCACCCGAUCCCUUAACCCCACAUUUCCCAUGACUAAUCCACCUAGCCUGCGAAUCCCUGGACACUGGGCAAUUUAGCAUGGCCAGUCUACUUAACCUGCAUAUCUUUAGACUGUGGGAAGAAACUGAGACACCCAGCAGAAACCUACACAGACACAGGGAGAAAGUGCAAACUCCACACCGACAGUCAUCCAAUGCUGGAAUCGAACCCAGGUCUCUGGCUCUGUGAGGCAGCAGUGCCAACUACUGUUACACCAUGCCGCCUUCUAUUUUAGAUGAGUAGAUCAGACCAGCAUAAAAGCUCAUGGCAAUGCACUAUUCAAAAGACCACCUCUGUAUAUACCUCAUUAAAAUUCAAAUCCGGUUACAGAAUAAAAAUAUACUUUUUUUUUACUGAUCACAAUUGAAAAGCUACUUUUGCGCCAUAUAAUGCAUAUAUCCAAAGCUAAAUGCAUGGUGAAUUGAAACUUUAACCUGUAUUAUAAUUGAUGACUGUAGCCAAAGUUAGAUCGCAUUAAUUGGAACAGUUUGUUUUCUCACGUUGUUGACCUGACCUUGAGUACAAAGAAUUUUUUUGCAAUGUGUCUUGUUUGUUCUUGCGUUUGGAUGAUGAAAAUAUAGGAAUUAAGAUAAACUCAGAUUUUAUCUCCAUUUGUGCACUUUAAUUUUUAAACAUAAUGACUGUGAUGUAGAGAGUCAGACACCAAAGAUAUCAAUGAAAAUUCAAACGUUCAGAUUUAGACUCUUGCAAUGCCUGUGCUAGGUCCACCUCUCUGACAAUCUUGGCAUUGAUUAUUUUGUUCCAGUCAAUUGUUGUGUGUGUAAAUGGCAGCUGGCGCCGAAGCCCCUUAAGCAGAGAAUCCAACUUCUGAUAAUUCUCCAUCAGACCAAGCUGGAGGAAGAUAGAAUAAAAGGAUAAUCUCUUGCAGCUCCGAAUGCAACAGAUUCCACUUUCAGUCAUUGUAAAAUUGCUUUACAAUCAAUUACUAACCUUAGAAUCAGUUACAAUGACUUACAAUUAUAAUGUGAUUUAAUAAUAAAAAUCAAAGUUUCCUGCGA